AUGAUAUGUUCAAAUUUCCCGAGCCUUUGCCACCAACUCCUCCUGAGACCCCUGCGUGUAAGUUCAACAUCCUACAAUUGUUGCGAAGUCUUAUGUUUUGUUCCAGCUUUGCUCCGGAGCAGUCGGGUGUCGUACCUGUCGGAAUAUGAGCGGCGGGAAGUGUUGGACUAUCCUCAGGUCUAUUAUUAUGGUCAAGAAAGCGAAAAGAAGAUGGCUACUUUGGACAACUCAACCAACAACUACGGCUAUGAUGAUGACCGCGGUGACUACAAUAUCAUUGACCAGGAUCAUCUUCAUUAUCGGUACGAGGUUAUCACUACCCUCGGCAAAGGCUCCUUUGGACAAGUUCUCCAAUGUCGUGACCAUUGCACCGGGCAAUCCGUGGCUGUGAAAAUCAUUCGCAACAAGAAACGCUUCCAUCACCAGGCGCUCGUAGAGAUCAAGAUUCUGGAGAACCUGAGAAAAUGGGAUCCGGAUGAAAAACAUCACGUGAUCAAGAUGACCGAACAUUUCUAUUUCCGCAACCAUCUUUGCAUUGCUAUGGAGCUUCUCAGCAUCAAUUUGUAUGAGCUCAUCAAAGCAAAUGGCUUCGUUGGAUUCUCUACCACUUUGAUCCGGCGAUUUACUAGCCAGAUGUUGGCCGCGCUGGUGUUGAUGCGUCAUCAUCGAAUUGUCCAUUGCGAUUUGAAACCUGAGAAUGUCCUGCUGAUGCAUCCCUGCAAGAGUGGACUCAAGGUGAUUGACUUUGGUAGUAGUUGCUUUGAGCACGAAAAGGUGUACACAUACAUUCAAAGUCGAUUCUAUCGUUCCCCUGAGGUUAUCCUGGGCAUGAACUACCAUAUGGCGAUCGAUAUGUGGAGUCUGGGAUGCAUCCUUGCAGAGCUUCACACUGGUUUCCCCGUCUUCCCCGGUGAAAACGAGCAGGAGCAGCUGGCCUGCAUCAUGGAAGUGCUUGGGAUGCCGGACAAGUAUCUCAUCGAAAAGAGCUCUCGCAAGAGACUGUUCUUCGAAUCUACUGGACAGCCUCGCCCUGUUGUAAACUCCAAGGGUAGGCGGCGGCGCCCUGGUACCAAAACAUUGCAGCAGGUUUUGAAGAGUGACGACGAGAACUUCGUAGACUUCAUUGCCAAGUGCUUGAUAUGGGAUCCUGAGCGCAGGCUCAAACCACAACCUGCGCUUCGUCAUCCUUUCCUCACCGCAGGGCGACGUGGCAGGGUAACUUCUCCCGCGACUCCGGCUAUUGCACGGCAAUUAUUGUCGUCUACGUCGUCAAGUCUCUCUGCCAGCACUCGGACGCGGCCUCUGCAGAUUGGAGCUCCCACGCCAUUGACAGCCCGGGUCACAAAUCGCAUGGGAGGCAGCGGCAGCGCGCUUCCCGUAACGCCCAUUGCGUCCACGCCAAGUAUCUCCACUACACUGGGGUCGGCAUCCGCUCACAGGGCGUAUCGUACUCCGCAAACGUCAGGUAUCUCUUAUAGUUCUACAUCUCGCCAAAUGGUGGCAAAGACAAAUGGUUAUACUGUGAGCAAUGUGGCGUAA